AUGGCUCCGUCUUUCUCCUACGCCGCCGACUUUCCGCAUGAUACUAUCUUUGGUUUAUCAUCUGCUAACACGAAGCUCGCUUAUGCGUAUUCGCUCUUGAUACAAGCCGACGUGCUAACCGGUAAUCAAUUGGCUCGCUCCGGCAUUGAACAGCUCCGAACUACGCUCAUUCAACUUCGAGAGGCCCAUGAGGUGCUACGCCAGCGCGUUACGGGACGAUGCUUCCUCUCGUCGCUGUGGUAUGCUAAUGAUACAGCCAUUGUAAAGCAUGUCGAGAAGUGUUGGGAGCUUUAUGUGCGAGCAUCGUCGUACGCCGAUCUGAUCGAGGACACCAGAGCACAAAAACUCAAGCAAAGGCCGGGGCAUUCUCAUCACUGCGGCGGAGUAUCUAGGAACACGCAGAGCGUGCCAUCCGAAUAUUCGGCCGGAUCCCGGGUUAUGAACAUUGGCGGGAUUUCUAGCACUAGCUUCGGUUUGGCAUUGAAUGUCCAAUGCGGGAACGAGUCGUACGGACCCAGAAGAUUGGCCGCAACCUUUACCUCGCGCACCGACUCGGAAAGCGUCAGUGUGAGGGACCGAUGA